GCCAAGUCCAACCACACGGUAAAACAGCAAAAUAGUGCAUUGAUUUGAUGUUUCCUCUCUCCAACCCAACGGUAUAUCAAACUGCAUUUUAGUGUCAUUUUCCUUUUUGCUACAGUGACACACCAUAUUUGGUGCAACACUGUAGCAGACGGCAAAAGUUUUUUUUUUGUUUUUUUUUUGUUAAAACUGUUUAUUUAUGUAUUGUUUAAUUAUAUUUGAUUUGUAUGAUUAGUUUAUAAUUGAAUGAAUUUUUUUAAGUUAUAUCACCAUUGUUUUGUUAUAUUUUAAUUGUUAUAAAUAUUAGGGUGUAUAAAACAAAUAUAAAAUUAAAUUUUAAAUACAUAACAAAGUUUAAUUCAAACAUUUGUAGUUGGAAUAUUAUAAUAUUUAGAUCUAGUAUGUUAUAAUUUAACUUUUGCUUGUGUGUUUAAUUAAUUAAUAUAACAGUAUGUAUUAAUAAUAAUGUUAUUAUAUAAUGUAAAUACACUUAAAUAUAAUUAUUAUUUUAGUUACAAUUUUAAUAUUAGUUAAUAUAUUUUAGUCAUAAAACUAUUAAUAUUUAUCAAAAUUAUUAAAAAUAAAAGAAUUUGAUUAAUAAUAAAAUAAUGAAGAAUAUUCCUUUUUAGUGUAACAUUUGGUGUUGUGGUUGGAGACACAAAAACAUUUAGUGCUAAAACUACACUAAAAUAGUGUAAUUUUGACACUAAAAUGGUGUCAUGGGUUGGAGAUGCCCUUAGUAGUAGCUUUUGUGUAGCUGGUGCACACAUUUAACCUCCCAUAGUGAAUGAUUCUGAUUCACAUCUCCUUUCCUUUUUAUUCCUUCUCCUCUCCUCUCAACAUCACCUCAAAACUUCUCUAUAAAUAAGCAUCCCCCUCCCUAACCUUCUCUUAUAUUUUCCAUCAUCGUGUGUGUUUAUGACAUUUGAAAACUCUCCACCAAAAAAAUCGUAGUGAAAAACAAAACAGUCCAUUGAACAACAAUGAGCUAUUCUCAUCAAAGCAUGGGUUCUGGCAGUAGAAGUGGAAGAGGAUAUGAGUUUGGAAGGACUUAUGUUGUGAGGCCUAAAGGAAAACACCAAGCUACUAUUGUUUGGUUGCACGGUCUUGGAGACAAUGGCUCAAGCUCGUCUCAGCUCUUGGAGAGUCUGCCUCUUCCAAACAUAAAAUGGAUUUGUCCAACUGCUCCUUCGCGUCCUGUUUCACUUCUUGGCGGAUUCCCUUGCACUGCAUGGUUUGACGUAGGAGAAAUUUCUGAGGAUCUUCAAGAUGAUAUAGAAGGCUUAGAUGCUUCAGCUGCACAUAUUGCUAACCUCUUGUCAACUGAACCAACAGAUGUCAAAGUUGGGAUAGGAGGUUUCAGCAUGGGUGCAGCAAUAGCUCUCUACUCCACAACGUGCUAUGCUCUUGGACGUUAUGGAACCGGACAUCCUUAUACUAUAAACCUACGAGCUACUGUAGGACUUAGUGGUUGGCUUCCUGGUUGGAGGAGCUUAAGGAGCAAAAUAGAAAGUUCUAAUGAGGCUGCAAGACGUGCUGCAUCAGUACCAGUUAUACUUGCUCAUGGAACUUCGGAUGAUGUAGUUCCUUACAGAUUUGGAGAAAAAUCUGCGCAUUCACUUGCUAUGUCUGGAUUCCGACAAGUUGUUUUCAAACCAUAUGAAGGGCUUGGUCACUACACAGUUCCUAAGGAAAUGGAUGAGGUCGUUCAGUGGCUCGCUUCAAGGCUUGGUCUUGAGGGAUGGCGUUAAGCUCCAAAAGCAUCUCUAUAUCUAUAUUUUUAUACAUGGUGUUAGAACAUAGUAUAUGUAAUGGAUGGGUUUCUUGGGGGUAUACGGCAUUUUCUGUUUCAAACUGUUUUGUAUUUUACUUUUGCACUUGUGCUCUUGGAUUUUUGGUUAUAAAUAAUGAAAUAAACGUUUGUUCA